UCUUGAGCAGCCAAGCAACAAUUCCACCUCUGUCUAUUUUUGACCAUCAGGCUGCGCUUAGACAGAGGGAGGCCAUCACCGGACAGAAAUGGCAGCCAUUAGUACCUGCGGUGUCAAUUUCAGGGCGGGCGGCAAGUCCCAACGGCCACCGCCGUCAUCUCCUCCGCCUUAUGCUUCCCUUUGUCCGCCCUCUUCUGUCUCUGCUAAGACCCCUAAGCUCUUCUUCUCCUCCAAAUUGUCAGUUGCUUCUAGUAAUUCUUGCAUUUCUCUCCGUUCCAAUCAAACCCUAUUCACCCCUCGUCUUGGGAAAUCUCAUGGUACAGCUUUGGUUGUAGCAUCAGCUAAGCCAGAACCCUUGAAAAUAAUGAUAUCAGGAGCUCCUGCUUCUGGUAAGGGUACUCAAUGUGAGCUCAUCACUAAGAAAUAUGGUUUGGUGCAUGUUGCUGCUGGAGACCUGUUGAGAGCAGAAAUUGCUUCAGGGAGUGAAAACGGGAAGCGAGCAAAGGAAUACAUGGAGAAAGGACAACUGGUCCCAAAUGAAAUAGUAGCCACGAUAGUGAAGGAGCGUUUGUUGAAGCCAGAUGCUCAAGAAAAUGGUUGGCUUUUGGAUGGAUACCCUAGGAGCAUGUCACAAGCAACUGCUCUCAUGGAAUUUGACUUCCAGCCUGAUGUUUUCAUUCUCCUAGAAGUCCCUGAAGGGCUUCUUGUUGAGAGGGUGGUUGGACGCAGGUUAGACCCUGUUACUGGGAGGAUAUACCACUUGAAGUAUUCUCCUCCUGAGAAUGAAGAAAUUGCUGCUAGGCUUACCCAACGUUUUGAUGAUACUGAAGAGAAGGUGAAGUUGCGAUUGCGCACUCAUCACCAAAAUGUGGAGGCUGUACUUUCAUUGUAUAAAGAUGUUACGCUAAAGGUGGAUGGAAGUGUUUCAAAAGAGGAAGUGUUUUCUCAAAUUGACCUUGCUCUAACCAAAUUGUUUGAGGAUAGGAAAGCAACUUCAGGAACUCUGGCUGCAUAGUUGUGGAACAUGAAUAGGUGGAAUACUUCAUAGAGAUCGAAGAAACAGAAGUUGUCAAUUCCUUACAUAGAGGUGUGUUCUUGGACUUGUAUAAUUUUUCAUAUUAAAUGCCCUCAUUCAAUUGUCAGUUUCUUGUAAAUUAGCAGUUGAUGCUUGUGCAAAUUUUUGUUAGCCAUAAUUAUUAUUAUCAUUUGAAGCUAAACUGUGGGCAUUUAAAUUUCAUUCAAAUAAAACAAUGCAAAAUUCUAAG